GAAUAUAGACCCCAGGUUAUCCUGUCAUUUCCAGGACCUCAUCCUAAAUUACAUUUCUUACCGCAGCCCCUUUUCUGCCGCCAUGGCAACCAUGCAAGGAAUGGAAGGGACCAUAUCAGAGGCUGGUCCUGGUGGGUACCAGCUGGAGCAACCCCCUGUUAUCCAGUCACAUCUGUGGAAAAGGAUGCCAGAGAAGUUUUUGAAGGGGGAGCCCAAAGUCCUUGGGGUCGUGCAGAUCCUGAUUGCCAUGACGAACCUCAGCCUGCAAAUAAUAAAGAUGAGCGCCAUAUUGCCACUUUCUGACACACAUUCUGUUUCAGGGCUGGACGUGUACAUAAUUGGGAGGCCAGUGAUGUUUAUUAUUUCAGGGUCCUUGUCAGUUGUAGCAGGAAUUAGAACUACAAAAGGUCUGAUUCAAACUAGCCUAGGAUUAAAUAUCUUCAGUUCUGUCUUGGCUGGAGUAGGGGUCCCCUUUGCUAUCUCCUCCUUGGAAGACUUUCGAGCAGGUGUCUCUGCCUGCAUCUUUUAUCAGAGGUUGGAGAGUUGUUCCAUGGCCAUGGCCAUUUUAAUGAGUCUGGAUGCUGUGGCGCUCCUUUUAACCGUGCUAGAGUUCUUCGUUGCUCUGACCCUAUCUGCCUUUGGAUGCAAAGUCACCUGUUGUCAUCCUGGCGGGGUUGUGUUGAUUCUGCCAUCAAAUCCUCAUGUGGCGGAAACAGCAUCUCCCACACCAUUUACAGAGGUCUGAUGUCACCAACAGAUCAACAGCAAAAUGUUCCAGAAAACCUAUCCUGCCAGUUGGGCAAGGACACCACUUGGGGAAGUACCAGAAUCCAACUCUGAUAUAUAUACAUACAUAUGUGUGUGUGUGUGUGUGUGUGUAUAUAUAUAUA